GCCCGUAUCAGUGUUAUCAGCCCGCGCCACUCAACACCACACCGGCAGCAUGGCAGAAGGCGAGGCAGCGACCGGCAUGGCACCAAACGAGCAGAAGAAUUAUUUGGGGUUUGACUUCAGCACACAGCAGGUGAAGGCCAUCGUGGUGAAUGAUGCCCUGGAGGUGCUGCAGGAGGCUGCCGUACAGUUUGACAAUGACCUGCCAGAGUACAGGACGCAUGGUGGCGUGCACGUGCGGGGUGAUCAGGACUGCACCGUCACAGCCCCCUCCAUCAUGUGGGUGAAGGCGCUGGACAUGCUUAUGGACAAGCUGAGGGUGGCCGGGGCUGAUUUUUCAACUAUUGCUGCCAUCUCUGGUACUGCUCAGCAACAUGGCAGUGUGUUUUGGCGGACUGGUGCAGCCAAGAUCUUAGAGAACCUGCAGCCAGACCGCUUCCUCCAUGAACAGCUGGUUCUGGCCUUCAGUGUGAGUGACAGUCCCAUCUGGAUGGACUCCUCCACCUCUGAGCAGUGUGACAUGCUGGAGGAAGCACUAGGGGGACCUCAGAAACUUGCCGAACUCACUGGAUCGCGGGCAUACAAGAGGUUCACGGGUCCCCAGAUUGCCAAGAUAUACCAGAAGCGCAAGGAGGCAUACAAUAAUACGGAGAGGAUUUCCCUGGUGAGCAGCUUUGCAUGCUCCCUACUCUUGGGUUCCUACGCACCCAUCGACUUUGCUGAUGGCUCGGGGAUGAACUUGCUGGACAUCAAGACAAAGACCUGGUCCCAGCCUUGCCUGGGUCCAUGGAAGAAUUUCAAGGGGUCCAUAGAGAUUCUACUUAUUUUUAAAUUUAUUAUACUGGAAUUAGGAGACAUGCGGCUCAGAAUAAAAUUUAUACUACUGUUCACAAUCCUUAAAACUGAAUGCUUAAAUGUUAGAAUUGAAGUUGAAAUGUUUCUUGAUGUACAGAAAAAAUGUGACCUGUUGGAGAUAUUGAAAUCAGAACACUUUGAGCUCCGCCUUGCUUAUCUUGUGGACAUAUUUGAAAUCUUCAACCAGCUGAACUUGAGACUCCAAGGAAAGGAUUCAAACUUGCUCAGCCACUGUGACUCAAUACAUGCAUUUUUGGCCAAAUUGGAGCUGUAUAAGAAGAGAGUGAGUGUAGGAAAAUUUAUGAUGUUUCCAUCAUUGAAUGAAGUUCUUGCUGAUGGUCAGCUUUCAAGUACCUUGUCCAAGGAAAUCAUGGACCACUUGUCUCAGCUAGAUGAUGAAUUUCGCCGUUACUUUCCUGACUUGAGCCCUCAGCAUGCAGGAUUAGCAAAAAAUCCUUUCUUAUGUCAGGUUGAUGAUGUGUUAGAAGACGCACAAGAAGAGUUCAUUGAGCUUCUCCAUGAUUCAACAGCCAAGAAUGUGUUCCAGUCAAACUCCUUGUCUAGCUUCUGGUGUUCAAUGAUGGAAUCAUAUCCAAAAAUAAGUGAUCUGGCAGUUCGAGUUCUUUUGCCUUUUGCUUCAACCUACCUGUGCGAAAGUGGGUUUUCUUCAUUACUUGCAAUAAAAACAAAAUCAAGGAACAAGCUGUCUGUGGAAGAUGACUUGAGGUGUGCACUGGCUGCCACUGAGCCAAGGAUUCAUGAGCUGGUUGCUCAAAACAACCACAAAAGUCCCAUUGAGAAAUAUAAAAUGUUCUACUGUCAUCUGUUCCCGGCAGGCAUGUGUGUCGGGAAGGGUGACCUGGUGGUGAGUCUAGGCACCAGUGACACCCUCAUCCUGUGGCCCAGUGACCCACCACUCCCACAGCUGGAGGGACACGUGCUAGUCAAUCCUGUGGACAGUGACUCUUACAUGGUGCUCUUGUGCUUCAAGAAUGGCUCAUUUACGAGGGAGAAGAUCCGUGACGAGAGUGCUGACGGCUCGUGGGACAUCUUCAAUCAACUCCUGGACAUGACGCCUCGUGGGAACUUUGGCAACAUGGGAAUGUACUAUCACCUGAAGGAGAUCAUCCCAGAGCUAGAGGGAGUGUUUCGCUUCAACAAGGCUGGGGAGGCAGUAGGGAGGUUUGCCAGCAGGGAGGUGGAGGUGCGGGCUGUGGUGGAGUCACAGUUCAUUGCCAAGAGGAUGUAUGCAGAAAAGAUUGGCUAUAGUGUUGGUGGUGAAGGGCGGCGAGUGCUGGCAACAGGAGGCGCCUCGGGGAACACCUCCAUCUUGCAGGUGUUGGCUGAUGUGUUCAACUGUCCCGUCUUCACCAUGGAAGUGGCCAACUCUGCCUGCCUGGGUAGUGCAUACCGAGCCAAACAUGGCUUAGUCAGUGGCCAGUACUUAGAGACCAUCAAGAGCCAGUCCUUCAAGUUGGCAUGUCACCCCAACUCUGAUGCAUAUCAGAUAUACACUCCAAUGGUGAAGCACUUCCAGUCCCUUGAGACAGCCAUCUUUGCAAAUAAGAAGUAACAAUGUAUGCAAUGGCAAUGGCAACUCAAGUGUAUGUGACAAGUCCUAUAAAGGAUGCAGCAGCUUCAAACUUGCAGUUGUUAAGAAUUUGUUGGUUGUUACUUUUUACAUUUUAUCAUUGCGUUGUGAGCUUUUUAAAGUUAUGUAGUUAUUAACCUUAUAAUAGUUUAUUUAUAAUUAGUUAGGUCAUGCUCUCCAGAGGUUACUUGCAGCUCUUUCCUCAGGUUGUGACAGCAUAUCAAGCAUGCAUUACAAAUCAAGUGCCUCACACCAGAUUAUUAGAAUUAAGGGUCUUCCCUCUCAAGCCAGAUGGUUAGCAAUAAGGGCUUUGUGCAUUCCACACGAAUGGUGCUGCUAGUUGUUAGGGAUCCUUCCAGGGCUGCCGCUGCCGGCACACAAGCCCCACAAACAUUUAUAGGCUAAAGAAUACUAUAUAUAAUAUUUGUCUUUUCUUUGAACUUUAUUUGUAAUAUAUGUACACAUGAUUACUGGCUACUUGGCAGAGCACACUAGGCCUACUUGCUUCAGCUCAAGUAAGGAACCCCCACACUGCUUAUUUAGGUAGCAGUACAUGGUAUGAAAGAUUACCUGCUUGAAAUUGUACCUUAGGUUGAAACUGUCACCAUUCCAGUAUUGCAUUCCUGUUGUUAUGCAAAAUUAGCCUUCUCAGGUGGUGGUGGUAGUAUAGCAGUGAGAUGCUUAAAGUCCUCAUCCUAUUCUAUGGAGUACUUGUCUUUCUGGUAACCCAACUUAAGUAAAACCAUUACGAGGCUGCAACACCAUCACCUGAGAAUGGCAGUGUAUACAACAUACCUGCAAUGGUAGUUUGAGAAGAAGCCAAUCAGGCAGUGACCUAGCUUAUAGGAGGAGGUCUCAUUGAUACUAGUUGAUAAAGAAAUGUAUUCCAGUGCCUUCACAGCAUUGUGUAGAGGGAUGCCUAGCAGGUCAGAGGCAUUAUGUUAAGCUUGGAGGGAACCAGCAUUCAGUACAGCCACUCCUAUUAGAUGCAUUUGUUCAUAGCAUUGCUGUGGUUUGUCAAUACACUGUGGGCUGAGAGAGAGAGAGAGAGAGAGAGAGAGAGAGAGAGAGAGAGAGAGAGAGAGAGAGAGAGAGAGAGAGAGAGAGAGAGAGAGAGAGAGAGAGAGAGAGAGAGAGAGAGAGAGGACCUUGGUGCUUUGUCAACCUUGACACUAAUGAGGGUAAGUUAAGGAAUUACCUGUAGGUGAUGACCAUUCACAGUCUGGAACAGCAAGCACAGUAUACCAGUCCUGCAAAUUCACCAGUCACUGACAAAGUGUGUUUAAGAUAAUGUGACAUGAAGCAGAACCAUUUGGCAACAAAUCUUAUAUCCUGCAGUAACCAACAUCCCCACUACUCCCUGCACUCAGCAAAGCAAGGAACACUGUGUUGCAGCUGCUCCAUGUCCUAUGGCAAGAUUUGCUUUGUGCUGCUGAAAUUAGUUAAGUUUUCCAAAAACUGCAAUUAUGCUAUAGCAUAUAUAUAUUCAUUAUAUAAAGUUUACUUUAAAAUAUCAGGACAAUGAACUUUCACUUUUCCUUCACUGUAAAACUGAAACACAAUUUUGCAACAGUACCUUCUUACGAGAAAGCAUCCGGCUGCCAGACAUUCUUGGUUCUUCCGAGUGCAGCACUCCUUAUUUGCCCAAAUACUCUGCAAUGGGAUGCUUCGGGAACCACAAAACGUUCAUUAGUGCCAAGGUAAAUGUCUCUGCCUCCCAUAUGACAAAAAAGGUGAAGAACAAAUUUCCUUACAGGAAAUAUUUAACUUUAUUGAUGCUAUAAAAAGUAGCAGCAGGAACAAAUCAAUGCCAACCAGUGGUUGAGGUGGCAGCAGUGAAGGCAGCAUGAACAACACAUGAAGCACUUGUUACAUGCCUAAGGAGUCUUUACUCAUUUGAUUAUGGCACACAGUAGAGCCGGUCUCAGCAUCACCACACAACACACCACUAUACAUGCACUGCCUGCUGCUGCUGCUGCCACAUCAACACCACAAAUCUUGACAGUGAUCAAUGCUUAAAAUGGAUUAUCACAGUUGUAUCACUCAUCAGUGAAAUCUUGGCAGUCUACAUUGAUCUAAAAAAAAUGUUAUGCAAAUUAUAAUAAUGCCCAUUUUUCCUUAAAAUUAUACAAUAUCUACAUAUUUUGUAUAUAAAAUUUAAAUAUAUCUACUUUUUAAGA